GUGGGCGAAGAUCUUGCCCAGUGGCAGUCAGCCCUGGCCAAAGCGCUGGCUGCUUUCCCGGCAGCUGCGGGACGUUUGCGUCAGGUAAAGCAGGAAGGCCAGCAGAGAUGGAAGAUCUUCUUGAACAAUGCGGGGGUUCCCUUUACGAUGGCUUCGGUGCCGCCCUGCGGCUUGCCGGGAACCGAGGUGUUGCAGCUAGCAUGCCAAGACGAUCAAUGUGGUUUCUUCGAUGUUGGUGAAGCUGAUGGAGAAGAAGAGCCCCUUCUGCGAGUCAAGCUCAUCCAUGAAGAGGGCACUGCACGAGGUCUUUUGGGCGUUUCCUUCAACCAUGUGCUUUGCGACAUAUUUGGCUUGGCCGAGUUCCUCCGAAGGAUGUACGCUGAGCUGGAGGGUGCCCAGUCGCCAGCUGUGCCCAGCCAUUCGCGAGCUGCGGCACAAAAGGCUUUUGAGGAGACACUCGUUGAAGAGAACUCUGAGGCUGCGAGCUUCGAAGAAUGGUGGCCAUCCUGGCCACGCGCACAGGAGCGAUGGUCCUUCGUGGCACGCAGGCUGCGGAGUGGUCUCCGUGGCCGCCCGGACGGCGCUGCCACCCUGGCCUUCGCUGCGCCGAAGGCAAAACUUGCAGCACUGAAGGCGAGGGUCGGAGGUUCCUCUUCCUCACUGGAGGUUUUAGUCGCUUUCCUAGCACAGCGUGCACGACGCUUGGGUCGGGGACGGCGAGUCCUGGUCACCAAGGACUACCGGGCAGCGCUCGAGGAAGCUGCACCCGGCCAAGGGUUGGACCGUCUCUUUGCCAAUGUGGUCACGCACGGUCUUUCAUUCGAGGUUCCCGAGGAUCCAGACGAACCCGACUGGAUGCAACAGGUUGGCCAUUCCAUGCGCCGAGCUGCCGACGCGGCAUCACUUCGCAACUUGGAUCUGUCAUGA